AUGGAUUCAAGAAAACAGAAUGAGAGAGAAGACUCGGAGCUCUCAUCUAUCGUGGAGGAAUCUGGUGAUGGCAAUACGGAAGCAACGAUCAGACAGACGCAAGAAGAAAUCAUGGCCGGAGCCACCAAGGGUGUUUAUAUUCCCCAGCGAGACAAGGAUGAAGCGAGGGAGGCACGGAGGAUCUUACGCGGAUAUGAGGAGAGAGCGAAUGAGAUGAAGGAGAACGCGAGCCUGACGACGGCUGAGGAGUUUGACCGCCAAGUACUUGGAUUGGAUGAUGCCUUCAACACUCAAGUCCGGGCACCAGCCGACGCAACCAUCGACUCUCGGGCAUUAAGAUUAUACUCUGAAACUGGACUCAAGAAAGCCAAACUACUCAAGACGGAUCUCAGGGGAUUCGAGCCAGAUGAAUUCGUCUUCAGAUUCAAACAGGUCAUGGCACCAUCCAUCGUAGCCAGCUUGAUGGGCGAUGAUGGUAAUGGUCAGGAUGGCUCAGAGGCAAUCGAUUGGUUCGAAGCUGGCAGGAGGCUCAUGCCGUUCUCUCGGCGGGUCCCUACGAUGGAUUUGAUGUAUGGUCCUCUAGGGAUCCAACUGAAAAAGAGGAAACAUUAUCCACGAGGCUCACUGGAAAAACAUGAAUCAGAGCGAAAGGAACCAGAAGUAAUAUUUGAGCUCCUUCCGGCCGAAAUCAAUCUCUUCCAGUUCUUCAUCAACCCCGGUUCAUUUGCCCAGUCGGUCGAAAACUUAUUUUGUUUGAGUUUCCUAGUCAAGGAUGGACGUGCUAUCAUCCAGACUCACGAUGAACAUCAAAUCGAACGUGAAUUCCCAGUUGUUUCUUCUACUGAAUCAGUAGGGCAUGAAGUCCUUGAGAGAAACUUCACAAACGCCCAAAUCAUUUUGGAAUUUACCAUGCAAAACUGGGAGGAUGCUAUCGAGCUUUAUGGAAUUAAGAGUAGCAUCAUCCCUGAUCGAAAGCAACCCACGAGUAGUGGAAAAUGGCACUAG